UCUGUAUUGACGCUGCAGUCCAAAGGCCGGCGGAAGUGCUCUGGGUUGUUGCCGGAAGUGGGCGAGGAAAGGUUGAGAUGGCGGCUGCGACUAUAGCAGAGAAGGUGCCGGUAGACGGCGGGGAGGAACAGCAGCCCCCUGCGGCGGCCGAGGAGCUGGCCGCCCAGAAGCGCGAACAGAGACUGCGCAAAUUCCGGGAGCUGCACCUGAAGCGGAAUGAAGCUCGUAAAUUAAAUCACCAGGAAGUUGUUGAAGAAGAUAAAAGACUUAAGUUACCUGCAAAUUGGGAAGCCAAAAAAGCUCGUUUGGAAUGGGAACUACAAGAAGAAGAAAAGAAAAAGGAAUGUGCAGCAAGAGGGGAAGACUACGAGAAAGUGAAGUUGCUAGAGAUCAGUGCAGAAGAUGCAGAAAGAUGGGAGAGGAAAAAGAGGAGGAAAAAUCCCGACCUGGGAUUUUCAGAUUAUGCUGCUGCCCAGCUUCGCCAGUACCAUCGGCUGACCAAACAGAUCAAACCGGACAUGGAAACAUAUGAGAGACUGAGAGAAAAGCAUGAAGAAGAGUUUUACCCAACAUCCAACAGUCUUCUUCAUGGGACACAUGUGCCUUCCACAGAGGAAAUUGAUAGGAUGGUCGUAGACCUGGAAAAACAAAUUGAAAAACGAGACAAAUAUAGUCGGAGACGUCCCUAUAAUGAUGAUGCAGAUAUUGACUACAUUAACGAAAGGAAUGCCAAAUUCAACAAGAAGGCAGAAAGAUUCUAUGGGAAAUAUACAGCUGAAAUUAAACAGAAUUUGGAAAGAGGAACAGCUGUCUAAUUCCUUCAGGAACUGUUUAGAAGCUUGAUAAUGGAGUGAAAAUUUCUACUAGCAAAUUGAUGUUCUCUUCAGAGUUACACCAGUAAACCAGAACUCAGUCUAUGCCUUCCCACUCAGCAUUUAAAAAUAAAUGUUUUUUCUUAAACUUCUA